AUGGUCUUCAUUGAUGGUACGACAAGGUUCGCCGAUUUUUUCAAUGAAAUUUGCAUGCGGUUUAAGGGUUUUAAGCCAGGCUUGUUUGAGUUGAAGUAUUCCCUUCCGGAUUACCCUUCUUGUGCUCUCAAUUCUGAUUUAGAUAUGAGGUUGAUGUUUAGGUCUUUAGCUGAGUUUAAGAGAACUUCAGUUGACAUUUUGGUGAGGAUUUGUGAUUUUGGUGCAAAUUGUGUUGCUGAUGGAGUUCAAUGUACUGCCACUGCUGCUGCUUCUUCUUGUGUGUCAGUGGUAUCGACGGUGAUUGAUGAGACUGAUUAUUUGGGUGAUUUUAGGCCUGAAGAUCCCAAAGUUUGCAUGUCUAAGCAGUGGAGAGAGUAUAUUAAGUGUGUGGACCAAAAAUUUAGAGGUGGAGCUGUGGAGUUUCGGCAAAAGUUAUGUAUGUAUGCAAUUGAGGUUGGGUUUGUCUUUGUCUAUGUGAUAAAUGACAAAUGGAGGGUAAUUGCUGAAUGUUUCAACAAGCUAUCUGAGGGAUGCAAAUGGUACAUCAAUGCGUCACUAUGCCCUGCCAAUAAUUUCUUCUAUAUUAGGCAGCUUAAUAAUGUGCAUACUUGUUCUGGUGUUCUGAGACAGCAAAAGCAUAAGCUUUUGAGUUCUACUAUUGUGAAGACACUCAUUAAUGAUGAAUUUCGUGGAAAUCCCUCUCUCAAGCCACAUGAUAUUAUGGAUAGGUUAAAGAACAACUAUGGUCUUGAUAUUACAUACCGUGUUGCAUGGAAAGGUAAAGAAAAAGCAAUGAAAGAGUUGCAUGGUUCAGAUGAGGACUCCUAUUCAAUGUUAACUUGGUAUCGUGAUGCCGUGAUGGAGAGUAAUCCAGGGUCUUGCUUUAUUUUGGAGUGUAAUGAAUUCACUGGUCGUUUUCAGAGGCUUUUCCUUUGUUUUGGUGGAGUUAUUGAGGGUUUCAAGUCUUGCAUACCUCUAUUGUUCGUGGAUGGUGCACAUCUGAAGAGCAAGUAUAAGGGUCAGCUUCUUUCUGCUACAGGAAAGGAUGGUAAUCAAGGGGAUUUAGGGUUUCCGUCAAAACAAUGUCAUGCCUAUCUAAGCUUUGUUAUUCCGGUUCAGUUUUUUCCCUUUUGCAUUGCCAAUUGGAAUUGGUAUUUUGGGAUCUUGAAGACAAUUCUAGACCCGCAAGGCAGAGUCAUUACUUUUGUUUCUGAUCGACAACAAGGGUUGAUGAAUUCCUUGGCUAGAGUUUUUUUGGAGUCUCCUCAUUCCUUUUGCCUGUAUCACUUGAAGAAUAAUCUCCAAAACUUGUUUAAGGGUAAUAACAACAGUGCACUCCGCGUCACCAUUGUCGAUAAGUUUUACAAGGUUGCAUACUCAUCUACUGAGCGUCAGUAUCACCAUAACCUGAGGGAGCUUCUUGAUGAGGGCAAGGAUCUUGUUGCGCAAUUCCUUAGAGGUCUACCUGUUGAAAAAUGGUGUAAUGCCUUCUUUCGAGGUAAUAGAUUUGGUGAGAUGGUCAAUAGUACAGCGGAAUCUUUUAAUAGUUGGACUCUCAAGGCUCGGGAACUCCCAAUUUUUCCUAUGUUGGAGAAGAUCCGCGUGAUGAUGAUGGCAAAGAUGGUUGAGAGGAAGCUAUUGGUAAGAAAGUGGAGUUUUCCUCUUUGUCCAGUAAUGCAAGCUGAACUUGUUAAAAAUAUGGAAAUAGGGAGAGAUUGGACAGUUAGUAGGUCGGAUGAGUUUGUUUAUGAGGUUCACUCCGAACGCUCAACAUCUGUUGACAUAAUGGUCCAGACUUGUGCAUGUCGUCAGUGGCAGAUUAAAUCAUUUCCUUGCUCUCACGCUCUUGCUGCCAUCCAGCGAGCGGGAUAUGUGGUUUACCCGUUUAUCGAACGAUAUUACUUUAAAGAGGAGUAUUUCAAGAGCUAUUCCUUUGGUACUAAGCUCAUUCCCAAUAUUGAGCAGAGCUAUGUCCAAUGCUCUGAUAGCACAUCUAUCAAACCUCCACUGACCACAAGACCUCCAGGAAGGCCCAAGACUAAACGUAUCAAGUCUGUUGGCGAGGUGUCUUCAAAGGAGAGGACGUGUGGCCGUUGUGGCCAAUUGGGGAGGCAUAAUAGGAAGACAUGCAAUGUUCCAAUAUGA